UGUAGACGGUCUCCCGGAUACUUCCUCAUUUCGCCUCUAUUCAAAACUCAAAUUACCGCAAUCAUCUCUGCUAGUCUACCACGCACCUACCAUAACAUACCGUCCUUUUUGAGAAUCCGUCCUAGAACGCGUGCCCGAUCGGUAUCGCACACCUCAUUUUGACCGUUGUGAAAAGUCGGAUUGAUUUCUGAGCGCACCCAACUCCCGUCGGAAACCGAAGCCCCGCGCAGAGCUUAUCUGCCGCACCCCACGCGCCAAUGGCCGAACACUCGACUACCGGCGCGCCAGCGCUGUCGACGGACAUCGAGAGUGGCAAGUUCGAUGAGAAGGCGCCCGCCAAGCAGAGGUUAGAGGAGGAGGAGGAAGAGGACGAGGACAUGGAUGCUCUCAUUGAGGAUCUUGAGAGCAAUGAUGGUCAUGGCGCGUACGAGGAGGAAGAAGAGGUUGCCCCCGGCGCCGGGCGUGUUGUCCCCGAGGACAUGCUCCAGACGGAUACCCGCGUCGGUCUUACCUCCGACGAGGUCCUCCAGAGACGUCGGAAGUAUGGUCUCAACCAGAUGAAGGAGGAGAAGGAGAACCUUGUUCUCAAGUUCCUCGGCUUCUUCGUCGGUCCCAUUCAGUUUGUCAUGGAGGCUGCUGCUGUGUUGGCUGCUGGUCUCGAGGACUGGGUUGAUUUCGGUGUCAUCUGCGGUCUCCUGCUUCUCAACGCUGUUGUCGGUUUCGUUCAAGAAUACCAGGCUGGUUCUAUUGUCGAUGAGCUGAAAAAGACUCUCGCCCUGAAGGCUGUUGUCCUCCGCGAUGGCAACCUCAAAGAGAUCGAGGCCCCCGAAGUCGUUCCUGGCGAUAUCCUUCAGGUCGAGGAGGGUACCAUCAUCCCCGCCGAUGGUCGCAUCGUUACCGACGAUGCCUUCCUUCAAGUCGAUCAAUCCGCCAUCACCGGCGAAUCGCUCGCUGUCGAUAAGCACAAGGGCGACUCCUGCUAUGCAUCGUCUGCUGUCAAGCGCGGUGAGGCCUUCCUCGUCAUUACCGCCACUGGAGACAACACCUUCGUCGGCCGCGCUGCUGCUCUGGUGAACGCCGCUAGCGCCGGCAGUGGCCACUUCACUGAGGUUCUCAACGGCAUUGGCACUAUCUUGCUCGUCCUCGUCAUCUUCACCAACUUGAUCGUCUGGGUUUCCAGCUUCUACCGCUCCAACCCCAUCGUCCUUAUCCUCGAGUUCACUCUCGCCAUCACCAUUAUCGGUGUGCCCGUCGGUCUCCCAGCCGUCGUCACUACCACCAUGGCCGUCGGUGCCGCCUACCUCGCCAAGAAGAAGGCCAUCGUCCAGAAGCUCUCGGCUAUUGAGUCGCUGGCUGGUGUCGAGAUCCUGUGCUCUGAUAAGACUGGUACCCUCACCAAGAACAAGCUCUCGCUCUCUGAGCCCUUCACGGUUGCCGGUGUCGACCCUGAGGAUCUGAUGUUGACUGCCUGCCUGGCUGCCUCGCGCAAGAAGAAGGGUAUGGAUGCCAUCGAUAAGGCUUUCCUCAAGAGUUUGAAGUACUAUCCUCGGGCCAAAAGUGUCCUGAGCAAGUACCGGGUCCUCGAGUUCCACCCCUUCGAUCCCGUCUCCAAGAAGGUCGUCGCCGUUGUCGAGUCUCCCCAGGGCGAGCGCAUCACUUGCGUCAAGGGUGCCCCGCUGUUCGUCCUGAAGACUGUCGAGGAGGACCACCCCAUCCCUGAGGAGAUUGACCAGGCCUACAAGAACAAAGUUGCCGAAUUCGCUACCCGUGGUUUCCGCUCGCUGGGUGUUGCCCGCAAGCGUGGUGAGGGCUCCUGGGAGAUUCUCGGUAUCAUGCCUUGCAGCGACCCGCCCCGUCACGACACUGCUCGCACUAUCAACGAGGCCAAGUCCCUGGGUCUGUCCAUCAAGAUGCUUACUGGUGACGCUGUCGGUAUCGCCAGGGAGACGUCGCGCCAGCUGGGUCUCGGAACCAACGUCUACAACGCUGAGCGUCUUGGUCUUGGCGGUGGUGGUGAUAUGCCCGGUUCCGAGGUCUACGACUUCGUCGAGGCUGCCGAUGGUUUCGCCGAGGUGUUCCCCCAGCACAAGUACAAUGUCGUCGAGAUUCUUCAGCAGCGUGGCUACCUCGUUGCCAUGACUGGUGACGGUGUCAACGAUGCGCCCUCGCUCAAGAAGGCCGAUACUGGUAUUGCUGUUGAGGGUGCUUCCGAUGCAGCUCGCUCCGCCGCUGAUAUCGUCUUCCUUGCCCCCGGUCUCGGCGCCAUCAUCGACGCCCUCAAGACGUCCCGCCAGAUUUUCCACCGCAUGUAUGCCUACGUUGUCUACCGUAUUGCCUUGUCGAUCCAUCUUGAGAUUUACCUUGGCCUGUGGAUUGCCAUCUUGAACCGCAGCUUAAACAUCGAGCUCGUCGUCUUCAUCGCCAUUUUCGCCGACGUCGCCACUCUCGCCAUUGCCUACGACAAUGCGCCUUUCAGCAAGACGCCCGUCAAGUGGAACUUGCCCAAGCUCUGGGGUAUGUCCGUUCUUCUUGGUGUUGUCCUGGCCAUCGGUACUUGGAUUACGGUCACCACCAUGUAUGCGCACGGCCCCGACGGCGGUAUCGUCCAGAACUUCGGCAACAUGGACGAGGUUGUGUUCCUGCAGAUCUCGCUCACGGAAAACUGGCUCAUCUUCAUCACUCGUGCCAACGGUCCCUUCUGGUCCUCGAUUCCCUCUUGGCAGCUUACUGGUGCUAUUCUGGUUGUCGACAUCCUCGCUACAUUGUUCACCAUUUUCGGUUGGUUCGAGCACAACGAGCAGACCUCCAUCGUCGCUGUCGUGCGUAUCUGGGUCUUCUCGUUCGGUGUCUUCUGCAUCAUGGGCGGUCUCUACUACAUCCUGCAAGACAGCGUCGGCUUCGACAACCUCAUGCACGGCAAGUCACCCAAGGGCAACCAGAAGCAGAGAUCCCUGGAGGACUUUGUCGUGUCGCUCCAGCGUGUGUCUACGCAGCACGAGAAGUCGCAGUAAGCGAUUCUGCUGGUGGCGUGAUAGACGGUUGCAUCAUGCGCAUACAGCGACUCGGCCGGAUAGCGUUGAUAGAAAGCGU